AGCUCUUCCUCUUUAUUGAAAGACCUGAGUCAGCGAGACUGGGGUGAGAUCUGGGAUCCUAGUAUAAGACCAAAGGGGACACUCCCCUCCUCGCCCUCCUCGGCCUCUCACCAUGCGUGGCCCGGGCCUUGUACUCGUGCUCCUUGCCUGUGGCGGCUCCCUACCCCACCAGGUGGCAGCCCGAGGGAGUGCCGAAGGGGUUCUGCCAGUCCUGCAGGUGAGGGGUGCCGGGGACUGGGCCAGGGAACAAAGGCCGGAAGCUUCCAGGGAAUGGCUUGCUCAGGAACCCCCGGAGGGGCCCUCUACCUCCAACGGUGCAGGAGGACUCCACUUCCACCUGGGCCCGACCCCGGGCCUCUCAACUUGGACUCAGAGCGCAGACAGGGGGUGCAGGCCGGCGAGUUGGGGCCCCUGGUCGGCCUGGUCGCCGUGCUCCAGGUCCUGUGGGGAGGGGUCCCGGCUGCGGCGCCAGCGCUGCCUCGGGCAGGGACAGUGCAGCGGAGGGGAAGGAGGCAAGCCCAUCCGCUGGGAGCUGCAGGCCUGUGAAGAGCGGAAAUGCUGCCCAGAGGCCGGCGGCUGGUCAGAGUGGGGGCCUUGGAGAAGCUGCUCCGUUACCUGUGCCAAGGGCCAUCGGACCCGGCAGCGACGCUGUGACAAUCCCGCGCCACAGUGUGGUGGGAGCUGCGCUGGGGCAGCCAGCGAGAGCCAGGCCUGUGACACGCAGCAGAUCUGCCCCACCCAUGGAGGCUGGAGUGCCUGGGGAUCAUGGGAUAUCUGCUCAGCCUCCUGCCAAGGUGGACCCUCGGCCCCCACCCAGCGCCGGUCCCGCUCCUGCUCGGCCCCCCGCCCCUCUGACCACCCCCCGGGGAAACCCUGCCCCGGCAGUGCCUAUGAACAGAGGAGCUGCAGCUCCGGACUGCCUCCUUGCCCAGUGGCUGGGGGCUGGGGAUCGUGGGCCCCCGCCGGACCUUGUUCAGUGACCUGUGGCAUAGGCCAGAAUCGGCAGCAUCGGCGUUGCGAUCAGCCGGCUCCGCAACACGGCGGGGCCGCCUGCCUGGGAGAGGGGACCCGCUCUGCCGUCUGCCACACCAAGAAGCCUUGUCCUGUGAACGGCUGGUGGACGGACUGGAGCACUUGGACCCCCUGUGCCCGGCCCCCGCUCCAAAACAUCAGGUGCCAGGAGGUGGCAGGACAACAACAGCGGGCUCGCACUUGCAAGGGCCGGCUGCACGAAGGCCAGCGGUGCCCGGGCCACCCCUCUGACUUUCGGCACUGCUACAAUAUCAACUAUUGUAAAAUGAAUGGGCAGUGGGCGGACUGGACAUCGUGGAGCCUGUGCUCCCCGCCCUGUGGCCCCAACCCCACCCGCAGCCGCCUACGCCUCUGCACGGCCAUCCUGCCUCCCUACUCGCCCACCUAUUCCCAGGUCGAGGGCUCGACCAAGAAGAACGUGACCUUCUGGGGGCAGCCAAAUCCCAGCUGCUCCGAGCUGAAUGGCCAGAAGCUGAAGGUGGAGGAUAAGAGACCGUGCCUCCACCCUCCACCCUGCCAAGACUAGGAGGACCUGAGGAGAAAGACCCUUAGACUCUGCUCUUCCGCCUUCCUCCCUCCUUCCCGGCCAAGUGUUCUCACCCCGCAGGUAAAGCAAUCAGCUGCAACCUGGUCCCUCCAUGGCACCACCCUCUUCCCUCUCUCACGAUCCCCAAAUAAACGGAAUCAAGCAACAA